AGGCAUUCUGCGUACCCUCAAACGUUAGCUGUUACCAUCGUUCCCUCAGACUUUAGUAGCUCUGCGUACCCUCAGAUGUUUGGAACUUGUACUCAUUAGAAGUUAGGUACUUAUCGUCUCUCGUGCUCAUGGAAGUGCGCCGAAAGUUGAGACAUGGAAACGAAAAAGUUACGCGUUUCGUUUAUAGUUCAGCUUUUAUUUAGAAACAGGACGCAAGCACUCACUAGAUAGUUAGGCCAGUUAUUAUUCCUUAGUUUGAGGCUACGUGCAAAGUUUAUAUCUAUAAACAGGACGCAAGCACUCACUAGACAGUUAGGCCAGUUAUUAUCCUUUCGUUUGAGGAUACGUGCAAAGUUUAUUUUUUAUUUAGAAACAUCACGCAUUCGCUCAAUAGAUAGUAAUUAGCAUUGUCAUUAUUUUUUCGUUUGAGGCUAUAUGCAAAGUUUAUUUUUAUUAGGAACCUAAACGCAAGUACUCACUAGAUAGAUAGACCAGCAAAGCGCAGCCCGCGGCCGCUGGUCCCAAGCGCCUCGGCCGAGCAUGUCCCUCCUGAGGCGGCCUGCGUACGACGACAUCCACGGGUUCGUAGAGCGCGUCGAAGACGUCCUGCUGAGCGAGAGUUCCUGGUCCACCAGCGACUCUGAGUGCUCCGGCUGCCUGCACCUCAGCAAGGAGAGUGUUGCUGAUCCUCUGCUACAAGGGCACUGCCCUCCUCCAGGCGUCACGGAGCAGACCCCGCUAGUGGAGCCCCCAACGACGCCCCCUACCGCCUCCCGACCCAGGAAAAACUCGAGGCUCUCUGUCGCAGGGCUCGCCUGGAAGAGGUUGUCAGGCGCAGGCCCCAAGAAGCCCUCAGACCUGCCCUCGCCUGCUGCAGCCUGCCUCUCCUCGCCUGCAACAGCCUGCCCUCUCUCGCCUGUAACAUCCUGCCCUCUCUCGCCUGCGGCAGCCUGCCCCUCUCGCCCUCAGCACCUGGGCGCGAUGCUGCGGCAGCGCGACGUGCUGGCCGCUGGGGCGCAGCCGUGGCACAGGAACAUCUGCGCCUCCAGCGGCCGUCGCUUCGCUUACGCCGCCACACUCGUCAUCUACGUGUACGAGGAGGCUGCUGGCGGGUGGCAGCUGUGCUCGGUGCUGGCUGACCACCGCAAGACCAUCACCUCUCUCGCCUGGCACCCUCGCCUCACUGACCUCCUCGCCAGUUCGUCGCAGGACCAGACGGUGUGCGUGUGGAGCGUGACGACGCAGGCUGUGCUGCACGUCAUCAGCCUCUGCCGCGUGCCCGUCCUCGUCGCCUGGUGCUGCAUCGUCCCUAACACGGCUGAGGUGUCGCUAAGCACGGCCGUGGGUCCGGUACAAGUGUGGCACUACCAGGGGACGGGGCAACCCGAGCCCUACCGGCAGUGCCAGCCAUACAAGGCCGGCGUGGCCCUCUACCGCUGGCACCCCAAUCAACCUGGCAGGCUGGUGGUUGCCCACACUGAUGCCAGGAUAACGCUUUAUGGGGAAGGCGGCUCUCCCAGCAAGUCCCACUGGUACCCCGGCAGCGCGCUGGACUGCUCCGAGUCUGCGGUGGGCUGCGUGCUGGGGCUGGAGUGGGCUGUCUGCUCGCCUGACUUUUUGUUGCUGGGCUACACAGGCGGGCAGCUGUGGCUGCUGGACGCCGCGCAGCUCUGCGUCGUCACGGAGUUCUGUCCGCCUGCGUCUGCGACACUCGCCUGCUUCGCCUGGCUGCCGCACGCGCCUGGCGUCUUCGUGUCCGGAGACCGAGACAAGGGCAUCUUGCGCGUCUGGACGGCCGGCAAAAGCACGCCGAUGUUGUCGUACACGUUGAAGGAUACUGGCUUCCACGAGCUCUGUGGCGCAGGAGACACUGCACCUCAGCGAGAGGCUGAUGGGCGUGUGGGGAAGGCGGAGGGUCAGGCCGGACUUGUGGUGCCCUCGGUGUUGGUGUUGUGCCUCUUCCAGGACGGCGGCAUUGGGCUCUAUCAUGUGCGCCGGAAGCACUGGGUCUUCAACAGAGAGCACGUCGCGACGUUACCGAAUUGUGGCGCCAUUAUUUACUCGCUCUCCUGGGCGCCUGCCGACCUCAACUGCAUCGCCGCGGCCACCAGCGACGGCCGCGUCUUUGUCUGGGACGUGGCAGCGAAUAAGAUCCUGCAGCACUUUAAGGGCCACAAGAACAACAAGGUUUACUGCGUCGCCUGGAACCAACGCGACUCCCGCAGAAUAGCGUCUGCUGGCGAGAGCUGCCUGUGCGUAGUGCACGAGGUGAGCGGGCAGCAGCUGCAGGCAUACGUCCACCCUGCGCCGGUGUACGGCACUGACUGGCGGGACGCAGGCACCCUCGCCACGGCGUGCCGCGACGGCGUCGUCAGGAUAUUCAGCGUCACGAGCCCGCAGCCCGUCACGUUGCUUAAAGGUCACAGCAAGAAGGUGUUCAGGGUGAAGUGGAACCCUGUGGUGCGGGAUGUGCUGUGCUCGGGCAGCGACGACUGCACGGUGCGUGUUUGGUCGGCAUCGCGCGGCGCGUUGCUUGCGGAGCUGCGAGGCCACACAGACAACGUACGCGGCCUCGCAUGGUGUCCCGAACUGCCACACCUCCUCGUGUCCGGCGCGUGGGACGCUGCCAUCCGCGUCUGGGACGCGCGUACUGCCACGUGCCUCGACGUGGCCACCGAACACGGCGCUGAUAUUUACGGCGUGUCCCUGCACCCCGCGCGUCCCCUGCUGGCGGCGUCCUGUUCCCGGGACUCGACGGUGAGGCUGUGGUCCCUGGCGGGCGCCGCCGCGCCCCUCCACCUCUCCUUCCUCGCGGGACAUCCCCUGCAGGAGCUGCUGGCUGCCACAGACGAAGUGUCCUCGGAAACUUGGGGCGGUGCCCAAAUGAAGCUCUGUGGGGUGCGGGCACAGCACUUACUCGCCCAGCUGAGCAGCAGCACCGCAGCUGCACAGCGCAGCAGCACGCAGCUGCAACAGCACAAACUGCACAGACUUACAGCAGACGUGUUCGCGGUGGACGUACACGUGCGCAACCUGUGGGACCUGCUGAGCGUGGUGUGCUUCAAAGCGCCCGUGUCGUGUCUCAGUCAUACGUACCCUACGUCCCUGCCACACCACACGCACGUGCCCACGUGUGGCGUGGCUGAGGCGGAGCGUCGACUGCAGGCUGUAGGCGGGGCUGCGUCAUCACGCGCUGGGGACCUGGAGGCCAUCGCCCUGCAGUUCGCGCAGAGCGGCGCCCUCCGGCAGCACUGCGAGGCGCUGGUGCGCGCGGGCGCCUGGACGCGCGCCCUCGCCGUCGCCCCCGCCGUGUCGCUCCCAUACUGGAGGAGCCUCAUGACCAGGUACGUGGACGUGCUGCUGAGGGAGGAGAGCGACACUGCCGCGCCGUUCCUGAUGGCCGCGCGUGACGGACGCCGUCUCAUGGACUUCCAUCUGGACCGCGGUGACGUGAAAGCCGCCUUCAGAUCCUGUGUUGCUCUAGAAUCUCUGAGUGCCAAGCCACUGGACAGAGAGCCUUACGAUGAUGUUCCUGCUGCAUCAUCAACGUCUGUAGCAUCAAAACCUGACGUAGAAUCAACACCUGCUACAGCAUCAACACCAGAAUCAUUAUCGACACCCGGAAUAGUAGCAACACAUGCUUCACCCCCAACAUCUGCAGUAGCUGUAACCAAGUCAACAUCAACACCUGCUCUAGAAAAAUUAUCUUUGUCACAGCAGGAACCUCCACUACAGGGGUCAAAGUCCCCAAACGUAACCCAGACCACCUGCAACGACAUAUUAAACAAAUUAAACUCCACCCCUACUGUAGCCUCCCCGACACCCGACGACACGUCCCCUUCAGCAGCAACAUCCACUGCAGCAGGAACAUCUUUUGCAACACCAGCAUCUCCUCCAGCAGCCGCAACAUCCCCUGCAGCAGCCAUAUCCCUUGCAGCAGAAACAUCUCAGGAGGCCAGGGCCCCACAAAGGGCGUCUCGUCGCCUGCAGGAGAGCGCGGCAGUGCUGAGCGAGUGGUUUCUCAACCGAGGGUCGCCUGUGCAGGCGAGCUGCGCCCUCCUCGCUGCCGACCAUUUCACCGGCUGCCUGCUGUACCUGCUGAGGGGUCAUGAGCUGGAGCUGCUGCUGAGCGUGGGGCGCCUCCUCGUCGCCAGCGGCGUCGCCGUUAGUGGGGACCUCGCCCCCUACCUCGACGUUGCCCUCACCUACCUCGCCCAGCGCGCCCUCGCUCUCUCCUUACCCCACGUCGCCCUAGAUCUCGCCCGAGCCCACUCUCAGGGCGUGUGGGGCCUUGUGCUGCAGUGCAGCGUGGUGCUCAGCUGUGACUCGUCCUGCAGAGAGGCUCUGCUGGGACGCUCAGACCUGCAGCAGUUCCUGCAGUCUGCUGGAGACGCUCAGCGUCAGGAGGCGCUGGCGGAGGACCUCACGCACGAAGAGUUCCUUAAAGUGCAGCAAGUAAUGACCGGCCUGCUGCAGGCUGACCAGCAGGCCACAGCCGUGCAGGACGCGCUGCAGGUCGUCACAGGACAAAGGCCUGCUAUUAUUAGGACAAUAACUUGCCGUUCUCAGGAUAAAGGCUGCUAUAAGUCGGACAAAGAACUGGCAUCCUAUAUAAUGACCUGUCGUCACAGGUGGGAGGAGCGGGGGAGAGGCAGAAAGGAGGUGGGGGGCACGGUGCUGGGGGUGAACCUGGGCCCCCGCGUGCUGGGCAGCUGGCCCGACAAGGGCCCCACCUUGGUCUGUGGGUCACACCUGCCCACCCACAACCCCACCUGCUGCAUCACCCGCACCACAGUCAAGGGUCCGACCUACGCACUAGAAGGCGGCGACUCGGUCCUGGGUCUGAACGAAGCCUUGAUGCUGGCCAAGGUGCAUCCGUUCUCACCGCUGGGCACCUGCGCCAGACUUCGUCCCUUCUGAUUCCGCGACUCCUUAUUGGGCCUCGGCCUUGCCGUUCUUCGACCCUGCUGGGCCCCAAUCUUACUGGGCUGCGACUCUACUGAACUCCAACCCUGCUAUGCUGCGACCCUAGUGGGCUGCGAUCCUGCUGGGCUGCGACUCUGCUGGGCUACGAUCCUGCUGGGCUUCGAUCCAGCUGGGCUGCGAUCUUGCUGGGUUUCGAUCAUGCUCGGCAUCGAUCUUGCCGGACUCUAACCCUGCCGGGCCCCACUUCCCCCACAGCCCACACGCUCAACUGUGGAUGAUUGUGCACUGAAACAACGUCAACUGUCGCACCCACAACCAAUUCAGCGAGACCAAAUAUUCCACGCGGAGUUAACGCUUUGCUUUUUAACUGAUAAGAUAGAAAGCGAGAAGCGAGAAACAAUUAUUGAACCAUACAGCUCAAGAAAUGGCCAGUUGAAUGUUCGGAUAUACUUAUUUAACCGCUAUAGAAUGACGUAUCUUGAGGAACGAGUUACGUGUAUGCAAUUUGUUGUCACCAUAAGCGCUCAUGUGCAUUGUUGAUUUCGGCUAGUGGCUGAUACUGUAUUAUUUCUAUAUUAUAUUUAUAUAAUUUAUUAUCAUACUAUAUAUAAGUAAUUCAUUUUGUCUUUUGGUCACCAUUUUUUUGUCAAUUUUUGUCAGUGCACCAGCUGAGCCAAAAUGCCCCCAGCUUUCUAUGCUCAUCGUCUGCACAUAAAUUGCACGAACUGCGAUCAGGCUGUCGCCAGGAUGUUUAUAAGCGAUAGUUUAUAAUGAGCAAGAAUAAAGGCUACCCAGACUUC